AGUGGCUAUACUUUCGAGUUGUCCAGACCGCUCUCUUGCCUCGACGGUGCAGCACUCCAGCUUGACGAUCUUCAAGCCGCACCUCUUUGAGCCUUUACCGAGACCGCAUGAAGAUCGGCUCGGUCCGAGUCAGCAUGGCCAGCUCAGCCUGGUGGCACAGUGGCGUCAUCCAGUGAGAUGCCUGCGGCGUCUUGGGUUUCCCCGCUGAUUAAUUCUCAAGGUAUCACUUCGAAAAGCGCAGAACCGUCGCCAACAGAUUACUGCCUAUGUCUUCCGCCAGUGAGGGCAUGCUUCCUCGCUCUUUUAUCUUUACAUCCUAUAUCGCUACCAAGUUACCUGCCAUUGGCCUAUCGAUUAUUACCACCAGCCAGACCAGGGCCGCCUCUGUUCUCGAUGAAGAUCCAAUACCGAGAUGAGAGCCUCGAGCUCGAGGACAUCUCAGAUGAAACCAUCAGUGAUCUGGCAACAAGAUGCGCCGAGAGGAUUGGUGCAGAUGUCGAGCGAGUGUCCCUCUUUUUCCUCCCCAAACCGGGCUUCGUCAAGCAUCCUUUCUCCGACCGCAAGCUGAGCGAAUUCCUCACGCCGACGACGCGAAUAAAGCUAGUUGGGACGCCCAAUACUGAGGUUAAGAAGAUGGAAGACAUGGGCGCGGCUACCCGAAGAGUGUCGCGCCCGAGCAGUUUCAAACCGGUCAAGGCAAACAAGACUCGCGACUGGAAAAAGAUCCAGGACGAAACCACCUACACCUUCCACGCCAUUGAACCUCUGCCCUAUCUACCGAACCCAGAGAAGAGCAGACGGUAUUUAGAGCGACUGGCGAACGACCCGGGAAUCAAAGCGUCUAUGCGCAAGCACAAGUUCAGCGUCGGGCUCCUCACCGAAAUGAAUCCCGCAGAACACACGACCCACGAGUCGAAGACGCUGGGCUUGAACCGCAACCGGGGCGAGGUGAUUGAGCUGAGGCUGCGGACAGACGCAUACGAUGGAUACCGAGAUUACAAAGUGAUCCGCAAAACCCUUUGCCACGAACUGUCGCACAACGUCUGGGGCGAUCACGACCGGAACUUCUGGGAUCUCACCAAAGAAAUCGAGCGCGAGGUGGAGCGCAAUGACACACUGCACGGCGGGCACCGACUGUCGAGCGAGGAGUUCUACAACCCCAACGACACGUACGAGGACGUAGAGCAUGCUGACCACGGGGGUUGGACGGGUGGCAGCUAUGUGCUAGGAGGGUCGAAGGACGGUGGUGGUGAGAGCGAGAGUGGUCUGAGCCGACGGGACAUCCUGCUGCGAGCGACGCUGGGUCGGUUGCAGAAAGAAAAGGAGGCGAGAGAACGUCAAGACUCGUCUCCACCACCGUCUUAGUGUUGGCUUUCACGUCUCCUUUUGCGACCGCAGGGCGUUGGGUGGUUUAUGUUUCUUGGUGCUUGGGUGCCACGAAGAGUAUCGUUUCUGUGCGCGGUUUGACAGUUGGAACACCACUGCUCUUAAUUCCUGCCCCCGGCAUUGUAUUUUGUGUCUUGGGACUCCAAAGCCUUUGUUCUCGUCCUCGUCCUCCGUUUUUCGGGCCCCGAAUCGCUACGGGGACGGAUCGGGGUGCAGGGCUACCCCAAAUAUCACUCGUGUCACCAACCCGAAUUCCGCGGCUUAGGGCCGUCUUAGGUGCUCGGGGCCAGUGGAUUUGGGCUUAGAGGAGGCUCGCUGUUGGUCCUUAGAUCGGACUAGUGAGCCAGGCGAAGUGAGCCAAGUCGUUUGGCGAGGACAAGGCUCACCUGUCUGAUUCAGCCUUCUUUGCGACUAUCGAGCCAUCCGGCAUAAUGAUGGAGCGAUAGAGGAGCUAGCCGGCUCCAGAAUCCGACUUCAGGGCGCAUGAACUAGUCCAUUAGGGCUGGAGGAGCUUGCGAAACCAAUACGAGUACCUCGUACCCUGUAGCGAGUGCUCCGUAGUAGUGGUGAGGGAGGGAGGUUGGCA